UUUAUCGAAAUUCCAAGCUAAAGCGCAGGGGUACGCGACAAUGAUAUUUAGUCGAGUUGUAAAAUCAACUCUGCACAGAAAUUCUUCGUUUUUAUUCCAUGGCGAAUUUCAUAAUAAUUUGGGGUGACGUUGUUGAAUUGAAAAAUAAGGAGAAAAAAAAUUGAAAAUCCAGUCAGUUUAAAUUGGCGGCUGUGACGAGGCCGGAAGCUUUUUUAUCCUUUUUCCCUUUUCCUUCUGUUUCAUCGUCAGUAGCACCACGUCAGGCCUAUUGGUCGGUUCGCGCUCUCCCGUUUUUUUUACUUAAUCGUCGAUCAUCGUUUUCAAUGAGAAAGACUCAUAAAAAAAAAGCUUUCAACAGCUUAGGCGGAAUCGCGGAGAAAUAUAAUCGUUAAUCCGAGUGCGCGAGUGUGUGAUCCAGGUGUGAUCAAUGAAAACCAGUGACAAAUAAAAGAAGAGUUCGUUUCUAACGUAACCGAAGUGGUUUUUAAAAUGAUAGUCUUGUAGAUAGGAUGAGGCUCUGUGUUUCAUGCGUCUAUUGGACCCUCCUCCUCGUCUCCGUUGUUUCCAGUUGUUUGUUGUUUCUAAUCGUUGCCUCCGAGAGUACUCAUACUUCCAACAAACCAAGAGGCAUCAGCCAAGAAGAGAGUAUCCAGUUAGAAAAUGUUGUCAAAGAGGUCAAUGAUGCUCGUUCGGAGUCUGUGGAUAAUAAAAUUCCUGAUGUACGUGCGAGGCCAACCGUGAAAACAGAAAAACAACAUCUUCAUCCAGUGGAAAGCGAUGGGGGACCGUCGGGUCACAGCACAUCCAAAAAGGAGUCCAAGAGCGAACAUAAUCUCAAUGUUCUCAAGCAGAGUCUAACACCACAGCCGAAUUUUUCACAAGGGAUAUCAGAAACAGGUCAGGCAGUGGUUUUGACUCUCGUGGACACGGCAGCCGCCGAGUUGCAAAGUUUGGCCGAGCCUCGAUUGUCGUCAGACAUCCGUUCGAGGUCACUGCCAAAAAAUGUGACCCUGAGGACGACGACGACGACGACCGGGCCGAUUCCUGCGACGACGACGACAACGACGUUGAACAGCCUGAAGCACGAGCAAUCGACGGAACAAACGGCGAAAACGAGCUCCGGGCCCCCGCCCGUUGUUCCAUUAGCCACCGAGACACCGAGCAACGCUACAAAAACUUUGUCCGCCCUCCAAGACGAAGCGGCUUCCACCCAAGCUGCUGCUCGAGAAGGAAAUGACUCGAAAGACGAAGUUGUUGUCGUCAGAGCCGAACAAAAGUCCCCCGACGAAACGGCCCACCGGAAACCAGAGGAGACUCAGGAGGACGAAACGAAGGACGAAACUCCAAAACCCGAUGAGAACUUGACUCCAGCUCCGGAACUGGACGAUGGGGCAGCCAGGGCCAAACUCGUCGGUGGAAGCAGCGACGAAUCCGCAGCUGUCAUAUUGGACGGCCUCGUCGCUUCCGGGUCCACCGACCAUCAUCACGAAGACAUACCUUCCUUCAGCGAAUGGGCACAAAAGAGGUUGGAGGAAGCUGAGAAGAAAAAAACUCACCCAAACGCUUCGAUACAGAAUCCCGGAGGUCCAGGCCGGGGUUUGGGUGGAAUGAAGAUGCGUUCGAAGAAUUACGCCUCGCCGGACUGCGGGGCGAAAAUAGUAGCGGUGAAUCCGGAGGCCCGGAGCGCCCGAAGCGUGUUGGUAUCGACUCGAGACGAGUACAUGUUGAAUCCGUGCACGUCGAGGGUGUGGUUCGUGGUGGAACUGUGCGAGGCGAUACAGGCGAAGAAAAUCGAGUUGGCGAAUUUCGAGCUGUUCAGUUCGUCCCCGAAGGAUUUUUCGGUUCACGUUAGCGAUCGUUUUCCAACCCGUGAAUGGAGUCCCGUCGGACAAUUCGCUGCCAAGGAUCAACGGGACAUUCAGAGUUUUUCACUGAGUCCCCAGCUGUUUGGCAAGUUCAUAAAGGUCGAGUUACACUCGCAUUACGGCUCGGAACACUUUUGCCCGAUUUCGUUGUUUCGAGCCUACGGGACUAGCGAGUUUGAAGUCUUGGAAACCGAAACGGAUCAUCAGGAGAGCGAGGAGGACGAGAAUAACGAGGAUGAGGACGAGGACGAAGCUUUGGAUUCGGAGGCCGGAGCCGAGACUAGAAAUUUGUUCGGCAGUGCUCGCGACGUCGUCAUACGCAUCGUGAAAAAGGCUGCUGAGGUGCUCGUGAAAACUGGAGACCCGAGCAACAACAACAUCACGAAGAUUCAGGAAAGCAUUGAGGGUAGCAUAACUGGUAACUCGUUCGCGACGUGCAUGACACCGAGAUACACGAUAAACUGUGCCAAUUGUACGGAUGAUCGAUUCGCCGCGGUAUUCGAGUUGUUGAAUUGUCGGGCUCGCCACCUCGACAACAUUCUGCGUAACGCAUUCGUAAACGCGUCGCUACGAACCGGUGAAGUGUGUUCCUCUUACGGUUUCGACGGAGCGAAGCUUCCCGAUUCGAAGUACAACUUCUCGAAUUCAACUCGCGAAGGGAUCAACGUCGAAACUGCAAAAAGAACAUUUUCUCCGGCUCGUCAUGCACCCUUGAACUUUCUCGUCUCGAUUUAUUCCCCGGAAUAUAUACUGGCGCUCUGUAACGUUAUCGCGACGAAAGAAAGGCGAUUCGUUCUCAAUUCGAGCUACGAAUUGACCGGUAAUUUGUCGGUCAAUUCCUCGACGAGAAUUGACACGAACGCCGGAAAAUUAGAAGCCCUCGAACCCAAUGGACAACCAAGAAUCGUCACCACAUCGACCUGCCAGUUGGACGUCGAUGGAAAUUCCUGUCAAAGUAGUCUCGCCAGCAGGGAAACUAAAGUCACUAAGAUUCGAAGCUCAAGCUCCAGUGAGCAAGCUGCUUCGAGCUCGACGAGCCCUGAAACCACGUCGACCAAAUCGGACAGUCUCGCCUCUCAAAUAAAACCCACGAAAGCGCUUAGCCGGGAAGAUAUCCGGAAAGAAUCCUCCGUCCCGAUCCUCGAGCCCAGCAAAGAUCCGAAUGAAGAAAGCAUCCUACCGGAAGUCUUGACCACGCCGUCACCUGCGCUAAACGUCGCCACGGCUACCACAAGAAUCAUCGAAGAACCAGCCUCUCCUCAAACUUCUCUCGAACCCACGACACAAAUUCUCACUACCCUCGUCGCUCCUCCUUCAACCUCAACCAGUCGAACCUCUCCAGAUCUCAACUCCCCCAACCAAGAUAACACUCACGAGAAUGCUUCAACUAUGAAACAGGAUAAUCCUGAUCAAGACACGAAACCAUCCGGCAAAACCGAGAACGGCGAACAAGAGGCCAAAUCAAUUGCCCAAGAUCAAAUGAGCUUGGACAGCAUCUUCUCCGAUCUCAAGGACCUUGAAGCUGACGGUACGAGCAUUCAUGGAAACGCUAAUCACAAUGCUAAUGUUGUUGCCCAACCUACCGCGAGUACCACUCCGCAACAGAAGGAAUCCGUGUUUCUUAGACUCUCCAACAGAAUAAAGGCUUUGGAGCGGAACAUGUCACUGAGCGGCCAAUAUCUCGAGGAGCUGUCAAAGCGUUACAAGAAGCAAGUAGAAGAAAUGCAACGUUCGUUGGAGCGUGCGACGAGCGCGAUGGGCGAAGAAUCACGAAAGGGUGAGGAGCGUGAUCUGCGACGGAUCGAGGAGAUAACAGCACUCCGGGACGAAAUAACAAGUUUAACGGAAUCGAUGGAGAUUUUGUUGUCCGACCGUAACAGCUGGCGAAGCAAAUUAUCGAGCGUUUGUCAACAUUUUGCCCUGGUAGUUGUGGAAAUAAUUGUUUUCAUGUUGGUCGUGUCGUAUUGUCGACGCAACAGUGAGUUCGAAGACGUCGAAGAGGGUGGUGUUUCGAUGGAGAAUGAAGUAGAGCGACGUCGAAGCGCCGGUGCGAUGUCGACGUGCGGAGGAACGGGAGGAAAAAAGUCGAAAAAACGAAGACCGAGUGAAAUCGCAUCGCGAAUUGGUGGCACAUACAAAGAGCUCAUGAUAGACGAGCGUUCUAACCACGAGACUAAAAAGGAGAGAAAAAAACGACGUAAGAGAGAGUUAAACGGUAGAACGGUGAAUGGGGAGACGAGGAAAGAGGCGAGUCUCGAGGACAAUGUACCCGGAGGCACGGCAUUACCCUCGAGAAGAUCAUCCUCCACGGAGCCGAUGUCUUCGCACGCGAAGCAAUUGGAACUUCGUAACACGCGAAGAAGGCCCGAUUCCGCCCCGGAAUAUUCGGGUCUGUGGAUCGAUCGUACUUCCAUUAUCGAGACGUCGGUGCUGGAUGAAAACCUCGAAGACAACGAUGAACCAAUGUUGGAAACGAAAAAUAAGCGUCGCUCGCUCAUCGAAGAGAUGAGCGCACUUAAUUUUUCCUCCGAAAGUCCCAUCGUGGAAAACAGAGAGCAGGAAAAAAGCACGGGCUUGUCCUUGUUCCGAGGUGGCGGUUUCCUCAAAGCAGCCAAAUUGUCAUCUCCCUCGUUCAUGAAAACUGCCCUGGGCUCAAGAAGCAAAAGACUCGGGAAAGCAGCCAAACGUGAUAACAAUCCACAAUUAAGGUCUGAUAACUGGGAAUGGUAUUCGAGAAAUUCCAGUAAUAGAUCCGACAGCGGGAGCCCCUCGGGCAUGCCCAUCGAUCACUUCGAUUCGAUCAGCAACGGCCAGGAGGACAACUCUGCGACAAAAAACGGCCACCAUCGUGGCACGAGCAACGAAUCGGAAAGUGGCAGCUCAACUACAACGCCAAGUACGAAACAAGAGAAAAAAGUGGGACUCGGUAUUAGAAAAAUGGUGAGAAAAUUUUUCUGAUUGAAGUAGAUUCGUUUAUUGAAUUUCGAAGAAACAAAAAAUACGUCACACUAUUAAAAAGACGAGUAAAUAGUGACGUCACAGACACGCGCGUACGACACGACUGCGAUAUUAGUCGUAAUCCUAUGAAACUGCUCGAUUUUUCAAUGAUACUUUUCCCAAAUAUCUUACUAAAUCGAGCACGUUUACGACGACGAGAACUUUUAAUGAAAUUCUCGAUAAAAUCAGGCUGCGUGAUACUGGAGCCAGAAUUUAUCCACGGAUGUACGAAGAUUAUGGAAAAUUCCAAGAUUCCGGGCUUAGUUUUAAUGGAUAUCCCCGCAUAUCCAGGAACUUGGCUGAAAACUCCAGGUAACUGGAGAUCUGUGUGGUUUCUUUUACUUUUUAUCACGGCCUCUAUUCAGCUUUCAAAAAAGUUUUGUACCUUACUAAGAUUAAAAAGACUUUUGUAGUGACUUCGGACAACAUUUAGAGCAUUUGUAACCGGUACAGGUGGGGUAAAACGGGUUAAGCAAAAGCAUUUUUCGUCUCUUACUGGAAGAAUGAUUUCGUUUGGCUCGGUUCACCGCACGAAUAGUGAAUUGUAACAUCGGCGAAGGACGAUUUGUUGAAUUUCGAAAAUGCUUUGUAGUUUUUGACUCGCAACGUUUUAUGCAGUUUGUUCGGCUUGAUUUUGCAACAGUCUUUUUUUCAAGAUCCUCCGCUCGAAACUCGGAGCUUCAUUAUUCACAUUUUUUGGAGCUAAACUCGGCAAAAGAAAACGAAAAUCGCUUGUUACUCAAAGCGAGGUGAGGUUGCCCGAAAUAUAAAACGAUAUUGGCACUGUUGAAAAUUCAUUGACUAUGUAAAGCUUCAGCUUUUCAAUAACGAUUUAUUUUAAACGAAAAAAAAGUUGGUGGCGAAGUUGAUAAAAAUGCAGAGUAAUGUCAGCGAUCGUGGACUCACACGAUCUCUCUAGACUCUUCUAUCGACACGAAUAACCAAAGACGCGGUCGCGAUGAACGUUUAGAAAUCAAAAUUUGUCGAAGCCUCAGGGCUUAAAAAAAACGUGACGAGGUAGUCAUUAGAAAAAUAAUCGAAUAAUUAUUAAUUAACCUUAACAAGAUCGUACGAUACGUUUGUAAAAGUUAGAGUCAACGCAACAGUUUCGAGUAAAUUGUGAACCGAUUUAUUUUUUAUUUUCUUUCCUUAAAAAAAUAUUUAUAUUUAUAAUGAACACACAAUCGAGGAGCAUGAAACCACAAUUUACGGUCUUCCUAUCGCUAAUUGAACGCACAAUCCUCAAAUUCUGGUUAGCAAAGGAAAUAUUGUGUCUCGUAUUUCGUUUUCUCUUUCCAACACCCUUUGUUUAAAACAUAUUUCGAGGAUGACGAAUCUCGUAAAAAAAAGCCACGAAUUACUUGCUUGUUGUUUCAUUAUGUUUUCGCUUUCUCACUAUUUUCAAUCGUUUUUUUAUCUUCAUAAUUUUUAAUUAUUUCAAUUUUUCAAACCUAUUUAUUUCCUUUCGCAAUUUGUUUGGUGAACAGUGUGACGGGAGAAAGACUUUGGGAGUGCUCGAUCUUCGCCAUAGACGACGCCUCGUUGCGUUGUAAAAGUCAGAAGACCGCGAAAGUGCUGAGAAAAGAAAAAAAGAGAGGGAGAGACUCGAGGAGCAAACACGGAAAAGUUGAUAAAAAAAAAAAAAAAAAACAACAAAAAAAGAGGAAAAUAAACGAAUAAUUAAAAAAUUAAAAAACACGCUGUGAUAAAACGCUGCUGCGGAUAUGAAGCACGCAACCGAGAAAGUGUACUACUGGUUUUAUGAAACCGGGCAGGGGAAAGGGAGUAAGGAAUUGUCCUAUUACUUAAUGUGCAUUUAAAAGACGAUUUAACAAACGAAUCAAUGAUUCGGACGAAGAAAUAAAAGAGUGAUUUGAUAACGAUCGAUUUAAAUGAUAAAUCGACAACUCGACGAUACAAAUAUCGGCUCAUACGAGUCUUGUAAGAUUCAUCAAGUGUGUGAACUAUUGUAAUGAUAUGUAUAGCUUUAGAAAAUGAAAAAUAAUGACUAUACAGAAAUAAGAAUAUUGCUAGGCGUUAUUGUUACAAAUCAUGAUCGAACGAAUGUUCCGUCGUGAUAAAUCGCCAUCGUCAUUGUCACCGUAUAUAUUUUUCGUUGCUUAGGUCCAUGUAUCAUCUAAGCUUUCAUUGUCAGUACGUCGAGUAUUUAGGUGAUCGCUGAGUCAAUUGUAAAAAAAAAAAAAUCAUAAUAAAACGAAACGAAAAUUUCGAAAGCAAUCGGUCAUUGAGAAUUAAAAAUCGUGAUCGUUGUCAAAUAGUCAAGAUAAUUGUAAAUUAUCUUGUGUAAUUUACAAUUAUCUUGUGUCUAAAAGAAUUUUCACUUUUCUUCUCAACAUCAAAGUUUUGCAGGAUUGUUCAACUUUUAUUCCGGCAUGUGAAACGCCUAGCAAAUAGAAUUCGUGGAAAUUGUAAAAUAAACAAAAGUUGAAUUUCAGGCAUUAGUUAUUUUUGGAUUUUAUCUGAAGAAUCGAGUUUCCUACGAUUUCUCUUAUUUUUUAUCCUUUUCAAUAUUCCGCGAGAAUACAGAAUUGAAAUUCGGUCGAACAGUUUCGUAACUCGCGUCAGAACGAAAGAUGUAAUUAAUCAAAUAUUUUCUCGAAUUAUUCAUUCAGCAUUAUUUUUGUUACAAAGUUUUUUUUUAUUGAAAUUUUCAGCGACACCGACGGUUCUGUACAUUUCACGACCCUGUGGAAUGGGAAAGAGUUUUAGCACAUUUUCACCACGCUUUUGUACGAACUAAUAAAUUUUUUGUCAUCCAAGCCGGUCAAACGAUGCGAUUGAUUCUUGGCCUUGAAAAACUUAAAUUUAUGCUACUGGCCGAAAUCGGGGCAACUUUUUCCAAUCCUCGGCAGUAUUAGUCGCCUCAGUAUUUAUACGAGUUUGAUUUUGAAGAAAUCCAUGAGGAUUGUUAAGAGUUUUGAUGGCUGAUGAACGACCGACGACCUUAAUCAUUUUUUAUUCGAUGCACAGAUCAAAAAUCGAAAUUUUUAUUUCCAAGUACGUUGAACGUACCCCCCCGUAGAUGGAUGCAAUUCCAUAUCAUCAAAAGUCCUCCUGUCGUACGUAGUUACACGUGAAUUAAUCGAAAUUACAAAUAAAAAUUAAGCAAAAAGAAAAAAUCGAAUAGAACGUCGUGCAUGUGUGUACAAGUGCGAAUUUUGAGCUCAGUUGUUGCUCUCGAAUCUGAGAAAGGGAGUCUCGCCCAAUAUGCUGGCAAUAAAGCGAGAAACACUGAAAACAGAAAACAAUUGUUACAUGUAUAUUAUGAAUAUAUAUGAAUAUAUAAAUAUAGAUGAUCGUAGCAAUGAAAAAGACGCGUACUGCACGAAAACUGUAAAAUAUUUAUCAAGAAUUAAGGCUGUUUACUUAGUUAACGAUGAAUACUCGACGUUUCUUCGAAUAUUUGCACUGUUCUUUAAGGAUGUAUAGGGAUUUCAUGAAAUGCUAUUAAAAAUUCAUGAACAUUUGAUUGCCCAUCACCUUUUAUAGGGUAUAGUUGAAUACGAAAUAUUUAAAAUUGUACACAAAUAAACAGCAUCGAAGAGUUUUAGCUACGAA